ACAGAGUCAUCGCUAUCAACGUAGAAUCAACCAUCUGGAAAACGUUACAUAAUGGAAAUUGAUCCAAGUAGCCACCACCCAAUGGCCAAUAAAUCAUAAUGUACAGAGGCAAAAAAGACCAUACCAUACUAAAUUAAAAUUUCCACAACCACCACAAAAACCAGGGUAUGGCUCAGAGCCCUGAUCAGCAGAUGAAGCCCUUAGCUCCAUUCAUAUCAUCAACCCAGUUCAGCAGACAAGAAGAUCAGUUUCAAGAGAGAACAUCCGAACAGAAAAUCAUUCGCAUAAGAAAGUUCGUGCUGUGCUGCGGUUGUUUCACUGCCCUUGUUGUGAUACUCGUGGUCAUACUGAUAGUCUUGAGCUUCACCGUUUACAAUGUCAAAGAACCCGAGGUGAGGAUGAAUUCGGUUACCCUUCUCAGUGGAACUUUUGCAAACGGUGGUGCCACUAACAACGUUACACUUGUUGCUGAUAUCUUUGUCAAGAACACAAACGCUUUUACCCUGAGGUUUGGAAGCACCAGCACCAUUGUUUACUAUGAUGGUGUGAGAAUAGGUGAGGGUACUUCUCCACCGGGUAAGGCCAAGGCAAGAAGGACCAUAAGGGUAAACUCGACCUUGGAGAUUAUGUCAAAGAAGCUUUUGGAAAUCCCAACUUUGAAUAUUGACCUCAGGGAUCAGUUUUUGAAUAUCAGCAGCUAUACAAGGAUAGAUGGUAAGGUGAAAAUACUCAACAUAUUUCCGAGGAAGGUUGUGGUUGAGAUGAAUUGUACCAUUGGAUACAACAUCACCACUGGGUCGGUCACAAAUGGUGAUAAUUGUCUUGGAGCCGUUGAUAUUUAGGUUGCAAUCAAUACUAUUUUUGUGAAACCUGUUACUGUUAGGAUUGUGCUACUAGUUUUGUGCCAUCUAGCGAAAAAUAGCAGGUCUUGUAGGUUUGUUUGUUUCUCCUCAGAGAUGUUUCAUCUACAGAUGAAAAUUGUACACUUGAAUUGUAUCUGCAUCUGAUUAUAGAUGGUUUGAAUUUUCGUUAACAACAUCCUUAACCUUUUGGUAAAUGUUGUUAACUAUUACUCCUAGCCUUUUUUCUAUUACGAGAAGUUUAUCUUGAUUACAGUAUUUUUUUCAA